AGAUGUAAAAACUGUAUCAAGUUAUGUUGAAAGUGUUUUAUUGAUCGAUUAUGCUCUGAAAUGAAAGGAUGUUCAUCUAUUUACUGGCUCGCUGUUUUGUGUAUUCAUGCUUUGUGUGUAUUCAGGAUGCAUAUUAAGCAAAUUCAGGAUGUUUCUAACAAGGUCUGAGUAUGAUCGAGGUGUUAAUACUUUUUCACCUGAAGGACGUUUAUUUCAAGUUGAAUACGCUAUUGAAGCUAUAAAGUUGGGUUCAACUGCAAUAGGAAUUCAGACAAAUGAGGGUUGUGUUCUAGCUGUUGAAAAACGUGUCACUUCCCCUUUAAUGAAACCAGUUACAAUUGAAAAAAUAGUAGAAAUUGAUCGACAUAUUGGUUGUGCUGUUAGUGGCUUGAUGGCAGAUUCAAGGACCUUGGUGGAUCGAGCACGAGUUGAGGCUCAGAAUCACUGGUUUGUGUAUGAUGAGCAAAUGGAUGUAGAAAGUAUUGCACAGUCUGUAUCAAAUUUGGCAAUUCAGUUUGGUGAUAGUGAUGAUGAUGGGAAUGCUAUGAGCCGUCCCUUUGGAGUUGCAAUCCUUUUUGCUGGUGCUGAUAAGAAGUCUGAUCCUCAGUUAUUUCACAUGGAUCCAUCUGGAACAUAUGUUCAGUAUGAUGCUAAAGCUAUUGGUUCUGGCUCAGAAGGUGCUCAACAAGCUUUGCAGGAGCAAUAUGACAAGCGAAUGACUUUAAAUGAAGCCUUGAAACUAGCCCUCAAGAUAUUAAAGCAAGUUAUGGAAGAAAAAUUGAACUCUUCUAAUGUUGAAGUUGCUACAAUAACUAAAGAGCAAGGUUACCAUAUGUUUCUUAAAGAAGAAGUUGAAGAAGUUAUAAAAGGAAUAUAAAUGAUGUGUAUUAUAGUUACAUUUUAAGCUGUUGAUGGUUUUUUUGAUAAGUUCAUAAUAAAUUAAUGGUAUAUUAUACCAUA